UGACAAUAUGGUCGUUCACAUGAGGACAAACCCCCGCGAGAAGCCGUACGGGUGCGACCAAUGCACGAAGCGCUUCAGUGGGAAAGUACACUUGGAGAUCCACAUGAGGACUCACACCGGAGAGAAGCCCUACAAGUGUGACCAAUGCGCAAAGUGCUCCAGUCAAAGUGGACACCUGAAGAGACACAUGAGGACUCACACCGGGGAGAAGCCCUGCAAGUGUGACCAAUGUACGAAGCUCUUCAUUCGGAAAGACCAGCUGAAGAUCCACAUGAGGACUCACACCGGGGAGAAGCCCUUCAAGUGUGACCAAUGCGCAAAGCGCUUCAGACAGAUAGGCAGCCUGAAGAGACACAUGAGGACUCACACUGGCGAGAAACCCUACAAGUGCGACCAAUGCAUGAAGCUCUUCAGUCUGAACUGUCACUUGAAGAGCCACAUGAGGACUCGCACCGGGAAGAAGCCCUACAGGUGCGACCAAUGCGCAAUGCGCUUCUUAACGACAAGCCACCUUAAGACCCACAUGUGGACUCACACCGGGGAGAAGCCCUACAAGUGCGACCAAUGUACGAAGCUCUUCAUUCGGAAAGACAAGCUGGAGAUCCACAUGAGGACUCACACCGGGGAGAAGCCCUACAAGUGCGACCAAUGUACGAAGCUCUUCAGACAGAGAGGCAGCCUGAAGAGACACAUGAGGACUCACACCCGCGAGAAGCCCUACAAGUGUGACCAAUGCACGGAGCGCUUCAUUUAUAAAGCCUGCCUGAAGAGCCACAUGAAGACUCACACCGGAGAGAAGCCCGACAGGUCUGAACAAAUGCACGAAGCUCUUCAGUCAGAAAAGGCACCUGGAGGACCACAUGUGUUAUGUAUUUUAAGCACGUAAGCUGCCCCCACAUAGCCACUAGGAAGCAGGAUUGAACACACAAGCUGUAAUAUCUACCCCAGCCACAGAAUCAGAAUCAGAAUCUCUUCAUUGUCAUUACACAAAGUGCAACGAAAUUGGGGUAGAGGCUCUCAAAAUAAGUGAUUUUAAAACAAAAACUAAAUGAGAAAAUGAGUGUAUUUUUGGAAAAUAAAUUUAGAAUGUUGAACUCAAAAAAAAAAAAAUAUUUUAAAAUAUCAGCCAAUUUAAAAGGUCAGAUUGGUAUGAUAAUGCAGUCAUUUAUAAUUCUGCAUUAUUUAGAGAAAUAACAGCUCUGGGGUAGAAACAGUUUUUAAGCCUAUUUGUUCUUGACCUGAUUGCCCUGUAGCGCCUCCCAGAGGGCAACAGUUCAAACAGAUUAUGGCCUGGGUGGGAUGAGUCUCAGGAUGCUAUGAGCUCUCCUGAGGCAGUGUCUAUUGUCAAGAGAGAGAAGAGGACAUCCAAUGACUUUUUGUGCCGUUUUUAUGACCCUCUGGAGUGCUUUCCUCUCAGCUGCAGUGCAACUGGCAAACCACAGCGAGAUGCCGUAGCUUAGGACAGUCUCAAUGGUGCAGCGAUAAAAGCUCAUCAGCAUUUUCUCCUGAAGAUUGUUCUUCCUGAGGAUCCUUAGGAAAUACAAUCUCUGUUGGGCCUUUUUCAGAAGCGCCUUGGUGUUUAUUGUCCAGGUCAGGUCCUGCUGAAUGUGCAUGCCCAGGAACCAAGAAGGCAGCAUCUUUAAGACAGACGCGGAAGCUGAAGCUAAGAGCUAGACCACGCCCACUUCACAUAAGCCACGCCUACUUGGUCCAUUUUCAGCCAGCUGAGGUCAGAGAAUCAUAGGCGCCCCGCAGAGAGAGUCGGGCCUAAGCCCGGGGCUCGAAGUAGCUCACGGUAUUUCUCUGCUAGUGUUGGAUACAAUUCACUCCCUUUUGCUUCAUAGUUACCAUACCGAAAUACUUAAACAAAUAAAGUGAGUUAAAAGCCACCCGUUUCGAACUACUUUCAACAAGAGCACGACAAUUGCCACAUGAGGACUCUCUCCGGGGAGAAGCCCUACAUGGGUGACCAAUGCGCAAGGCGCUUCAGUCAUGGCUCCAAGCUGAAGAUCCACGUGAGGACUCACACCGGGGAGAAGCCCUGCGUGCGUCUACUACCGCCCAGUAGCUCGAACACCUGUGAUCAUGAAAUGCUUUGAAAGGCUGGUCUUUCACCACAUUAAAGAUUAACUGAACUGAAAUAAUAAACAUCGUUAACGUUUUAGUUAUGACCAUUCUAAAAAUAAAAGAAUGACAGAAAAUUAUUUAAAAAGUCAAUAUAUAGCUUUUUUUUUAGCAACAAAAGAUAAUGCGUCUUUUAGUAUUAGAGCGCCGAUGAUGUCACUUGCAUGGUACAACUAGGUCGUUGCUGCAGACUCGCGAAUGUCUUAUUCACUCCACGGUUGAAAAUAGUGAUUUUAAUAUGGCUGGUUACGAGUUUGGGCCUGUGAGGGACAUGCCUGUAGUGUCCGACUGCCACCCGGUGGAGAGGGAUCAAUUUCUGGCUCCAGCUCCACCUUCGGAUCAUGUGGGUGUGACUGGUGUGCGUGUGGGUGCUGCCGGAGCAUGGACACUGCCAUUGAAUCGGUCUGCUGCCGAGAGGUCCCGGUCAACCUUGACCAUCUAACGGUGGGAUUAGGUUGCAUAACCGUGCAUAGGGCAUUUCGGAUGCUGUGCGGCGAGAGAGGUUUUGGAAGUGGCCAUGCUCUCUCUACGGGACGUCCGAGCGGAGACACUGGAGCGCCCCAUAAAUAGCAACCAAGUAGCAAGGCGAAAACAAUCUUUCCCCCUCCGUUUUCCUUUGAUGCGUUUGAGGAAUAUCUCUGUAAAGACGGACUCAUUGCGGAAACGCAACGAGCUGUACAAACGCUGUAGUACCUACAUAUUCAAGGCGCUGGUUCUCCACAAAAAUAAGAGGAGCGCAUCAAGCCUGCGCGCAUCCAGCCUGUGCGCUGUAUAAAAAAGUUCACGUCGAGGCGGAGAUAGUUAUUGUUUAACCUUUUUAGAUUGAGUAGAAAUACUUUUUUAAUGUAGUUAGUAGCCUAAUUAAAUAGAUGCGAGGCGGAUUCACGAGUGUCACGUUUACUUUAGGUGGAUGUUGGAGGUUUACUUUCUGGUGGAUGUUGAUGGAUAUUGCACAGAUAAAUCUUACUAUGAAACUACUUCUUCGAGUUUAACUCCCUCUGCAUCGGCAAUCGGGUAGUCGGCGAACAACAGGGUGAGUAGAAAGGGACAUUUGUGGAACUUCUGUUUACUUACCCGCCGUAGUUUAAUUAGCAGCUUGGAAACUUAGAUCUGUGAUAUCGUCGUGAGUAAUAGUUUAUACACUUUAUGGUCGGAGUGCUAGCUUGUGGAGAUUGACAUGACGGGGGCUGAUUUACAUCAGAGGGUUAGUCAGUUUUAAGGCUGCCAGCCAUGUAUUUAGGGCUGGUUUCCUAUUCAAAGGUAGCCUGCGGAAAUGUAUGAUUACCCCAGCUGCCUUGGCCCUAUAUAAUUCAUUAAUGAAGCCAGGGGCAAUGCAGUAUGAUCCUCCUGUAGACCUGGUUGUUUUAUUUUCCGUAGCCAUUUCAGCGAGCCUCAGAGCCUGACUCAUUACCAGCUAUGGCUGCUAGAGCCACAGAGUAGGAGUAGGUUACCAUGCCAGUGACGUAGCUGAUUGUUGAAAUCCAACAUGGCGGCGCCCUGUAACACUUUCACCCCUUCAUCGGACAAUUUAAUCCCUUUUAGCAAGUUCAGCCCUUUUUAUUUAUUGUACCAAUGAGAAGGCAGACAAUACAUCUGUUAUAUCAACUAAACUUCAGAUCUCAGCUCCGUUCAUCUUUAAAGCCCGCCUCCCACCCAGCUUCGACCCCCACCAGUUUGCCUAUCGAUCAAAUGGAUCAACGGAGGACGCCAUAGCCGUAGUUCUACCUUGUAUAAUGCCAAAGUAUUCUAUUCUAUAAACAGGGUUUAUAUCAUUUGUAUAUAAUUGUAUAUAUUAAACUUACGCUUGAUAUUUCGACACUGUCGUUACCUUUACCUUUGUUAUUAGAAAAAGCCUGCAAAGUUGACCUGUGAAAUAGACUGCAAUUAAACCCCACAUUAUACAUGA